AUGAAAAUGGCACAAGUCUUCAAGUGUGGAUCAAUUGCGGACAUAAUCAAUGAUAAACAAAGUGAAGACAAGUCUCCGAAGACAUCGAAGAAAAAGAAGAAAUUAUUGAAUAAAUUCAAUGAAAUAAUUGAAGAAAAUAACAACAAAUUGGUUGAAAUCAAGACAUUUGUGGCCAAAGAUGGAGAUGAAGAAGAUGUGGAGGAAUCUGACGAUGAAAGUGAGAGACAGACCAAUGAAUCAAAGAAACAGAAGACCUUAAGAGAGAGACAACUGAAGAAUAACGAGAAGAACGAGAGGACAGUAUUUGUGGGAAAUUUACCACAAAAUAUCACAAUUAAAUAUUUGAAGAAAUUGUUCAAAAAUUUCGGUCAAAUAGAGAGCAUUCGGUUGAGAGGAGCCGUCCCUCAAGAGGAGAAAAUACCCAAAAAAGUUGCGGUCAUUACAAAGAAAUUUCACGCCUCGACUGAUAAUAUCAACGCUUAUGUUGUCUUUAAAUCAUCGGAUGAUGUGAUAAAAGCACUUGAAUUGAACGGCAGUGAAAUAGAUGGCCAUCACAUCCGAGUGGACAGAGCUGUCCAUUCGGUGACUCACGACAGCUCGCGGUCUAUAUUUGUGGGAAACCUUCCAUUCGUUGUCCGAGAAGACCAGUUGUACGACACGUUCAAAGAAUGUGGUGAUAUUGAAGCGGUUCGAGUGGUCAGGGAUGCCAAGACUGGUGUGGGAAAGGGGUUUGGGUUCAUAACAUUUAAAUCCAAGGAUAGUGUGGUUUUGGCGCUCGAGAAGAAUGAGCACAAACUGAACGGAAGAGACCUUCGAGUGACGAGAGCUAAGAAUGAGUCCAAUCGAUCGAAACCAAAGAAAGAGAGACAGAACCGGAAGGCAAGUGAUGGCCAUUCAGAGGAAACUGUUCCCCAGAAGGAGAGACAAUUCAAGAAGAAUAAGAAGUCGAAUCUAAAGCCACAAUUUGAGGGCAUUUUAGCCAAAAAAAGCAAACGAAAG